AUGUAAAAAAUAAAAAAUAAUCUUAGCAAACUAUUAAACGAUGAAAGCGUUUGCUUUGAUUAAUCAUACUCUUUUAUAUUGUUUGUUCGGAUGUUUUAAUUUCUUUAAUAUCUUGCAAUAACCCUACAAGAAAUAAAUGAUAACAAUAAUUUGAAAGAUGGACACUUUUCAAUUUUUUUUUAAAUUCUCAAACUAUCUAUUUUAGACAUAGACUUGCUGCCUGAUUAUAUUGGAUAUAUUACUACUUUUUUUAACUUUAUAGUUUUUCUCUUAUUCAUACUUUAAAUAGUUUAUUUGAAAAGAACUUUGCAAAAUUUGAUGAGAAUUUUAAAUGGAUAUUUAGCACUUUUACCUUAAAUUAUGUGUUUUUUAUUUGUUUCAUCAACUUUUCGCUCCUUUUUAUUGAACUCAGAAACUCAUAUUGUAAUAUAUAUUUGGGGAAUAUUUGAUGUUUGUUUAAUAUUUUCAUUAUCUUUAAUGUCAUGUAUUUUAUUUAGAAAUAUUAAUUUUAAUUAAUCAACCUAUACAAGAGAUUAAAGUAUAAUGAAGAUAGUAUCCUAAAUAUUUUAAUUUGCAACUUAAAUUUUAUAUUUCUAUCAUGAUUAAGAAGAAAUAUUAAUAUUAAAGUAACUUUCGGCUUUGAUGUGGAUAGGAUUAGAGUAAAUUGAUAUUUAUUUAUACAUGCCUUAUAGUUUGUAUGAUAGCAAAUUAAUUUUUACAUUAAAUUAAAUCAAAUUUGGAUGUAAUCUAAUUAAUUUGAUUCUGAAUAAUUUAUCCUAAAUAAUUGAGACAACAUUUUCUCAGUAUAUUUAUUACUUUAUUUUUUCAUCUAUGUGUUUUUAUUUAGGAGAAACAUUUUAUUAAAGAUUAUUUUAUGCAAAGGGAUUGGAUACUUUUACUAAAUCAAGUGAAAAAGAUCAUCAUUUGUAAAUUAAAGUACUAAGGUAGUUUUAAAUUUAAGCUGAGUCUCAAUUAACACAAACUGAAAAACUUCUUUAGAUUGGAAUGGUUAAUUAACACAUAAUACAUUGUAAUCGGAAAUGUCAAGUAAAUAAAUUUCUAAUUUAAUAGUCAUACGACAGUUCAGAUGUUAUUCGGUGUAUUGUAAAUUAUUAAGUUUUGAACAAAGAAGAUGAACAUCUUUUUUUGUUUAAAGUUAGAUAUUUAGGAUUUUAAAAUAAAUAAUAUUCAUAAAGCUUAGCAAGACUGAAACAUUAUUAAAUAAAAUAUAAACCAGAAUUGUCUUGGUAUUUUAAUUUAAUUUAAAUUGAUAUCUCAAAUAAAUUAAGGCAGGAAAUACUUAAAUAAUAAUCCUAAAAGAUUUUGAUUCAAGAUAAUUAGAGUGCAAAUUUAACUUCUGAAAAUUUAGUACAUUUAGAUAUUUAAUCAGAUAAAUUGAUUUUAAAUCUAAGAAGAACUUUAUCAGCAAAAUUGGAUAUUUGGAGAAAGUAGCUUAAAGGUUUUAAAACAAUAAGAUAAUUACAAAUAGAAUUGAUUAAGCUAGCAGAAGAAUUAGAAAAAUUAAGAAGAAAAUUCAAACUUAUUAUAAAUAAAGAUGUAUAUGAAGUGAAUAUAUCUUAAGUAAACAAUUUAUACCACUUAAGAAUGUUAUCAUUAUAUUAUUCUAUUAUAAUGAAUGAUUAACUUCAUUCAUUUUUAUGUGAAAAGUAGUAUUAUUUAAUAUAUUGUUAUGAAUAAACCCUUUAACAAGAUUAGUUAAAUUCAAUAGCUCUUGUGCAUGAUAAAGUAGCUAUAGUUACAGUAAGUUUAGUAAAAAGUCUAGGAUCAAUUUUGAAUUCUAAUAAACAAUAAUUAGGACAUAUAUUCAAUUAUAAAAAAGUAGAGGAAUUUCAAAAUAUCAUUCACUUAAAUUAAUUAAUGCCUGAUUUUAUAUCCUCUAAACAUAAUGAAAUGCUAACUAAUUUUUUAAUUAAAGGUGAUUCUCCUUUCUUUUAAGAAUUUAGGAUGAUUUUUGGAAAAUCAAAAUAAAAUUUUAUUUUUCCUUUGUAAUUGAAACUUGCAAAUGAUUUUAGUUAUAUUGAUGAUUAUGUAAUUAAAGGUAUUUUUUUUUCAGGAGGCAAAAGAUAUGAUUAUAUUUUAUUUGAUAAAAAUGGAAGAGUCUUAGGAAUAACAAAAGAAAUUUAUAGGGAUUUAUUUACAGAUCACUAUGAAUAAUCAAUAGAUAUAAAUUCUUUAUAUAACUUCUGUUUUUUAUAUUACUUCAUUCCAGAUUUAUUUGAAAUUGUUAAAAGAUGCUAUUAAAGAUAAAAAGAUUAAUAAGAAAAUGUUAAUCUAUAAGAGGAUACAAUUUUUAUAUUGCAAACAAAUAUAAAAGAUUUUCAUGAAAAUUUUUAAUAAUAAAUGAAAUAUCAUCUUAGAGAUUUAUAUUGUAUUUGGAAUAUAAAAAAGAAAUAAUCAUUAUCAAGUAAAUGAUAACAUUAAUUAAAAUAGUAAGAUAAAGUACUGCAUCAAACCCAAAAGAUUCAAAUUAAUUUAUAGAAAUAAACUUAUUAAAUGAUGAAUAUGCUAAAUUUGCAUCUGAAUUUAUAAAUUAGAAUGUAUAAAUCAAUCAUAAUUUCUCUUAGAUCACACAAUAAAAAACAUGUUUUAUAAGAUUUUCUUUAUUUUAUUAAAGAAAUAGUCCAGAUGGAUUUUUUAUAAUGCAAAUAUCAGAUUAUCGAAAACAUGAUUUAGGUGAUAUUGCUACUGAAUUAUUUGCUUUAUAAGAUAUUGAUUCAACAAUGAAAAAAUCAACUUUGAGGCAUCUUAAAGGUAUUAAUUAAUUUGACAUUAGAUUUUAUUGUUUCAAAAAGAAGAUAUGGUGAUUAACGUGCUUUAUAAAGUGUUUUUAGUAAAAGAAAAAUGUAUUCAAAAUAAUUAGUAUCAAUGAAUUAGUCUGAAAUAUUAAUGACUCAAUAACUGUCAUCUACAAAUUUUACACCAAAGGCUUGUUUUAUUAAACCUGAAAUAGCUCUUAAUUCUGAAAUGGAAUCUGUUUAAGAAGUUAGAAAUUCAAGUUCAGAAGAAUCUCAAUUUCUAGACAAUUUUAUGUCUGAAGAAGACUCAAAAAAGCAAAAUUAAUAAUAAUAAAAAAAGAUAAAAUCAUUUAGUAAAACCAAUAAUUUUUCAGAUCCUGAACAAAAUCCAAAUAAAUCUCAAAAUUCAAGCGGACUUUCUAAAGUAUCUAAUAAUUAGUCUUAUUUCUUUUAAAUAGUAUUUAAACAAAAAUCUUAACUUCCUAAAAGCAUACUUAUUCUAUGGUUUAUUGUCUAUAGUGUCAAUCUCAUCAGCAUUGGAGGAUUUGGAUAUACAAACUAUCAUCUUGUAUCUAAUUAUAAGUAAUCAUAAAUAUAAGCUUAAUAAUUUAUGGGACCAUUAAGAUUUAACAGAUAUUUUUGUAAGACUCUAUCAAUUAGUUGGAUAUUUAUCUUAAAUAAAUAUGAUAUUUUAAAUAAUAGUUAAUACUUAAUAUAGUAAAGCAUAUAUCAAUCAUCACUUUUAAAUUAAUUUGUGUUUACAAAUUUAACAUAAUUGUAUCCGAUAUUUAUUUAAAUGGAAUCUGAUGGAAAAUUAGAGAAUAUUACCUUACAAUAUUAAGUCAAUAAUAUUGAGUAAGUAGAAUUCACAAGAUUAUUAUAUUUUUUGGAAGAAGUUAUUCAUUAUUUAGUUUAGAUAAGCACUUAUGAUUACAGCAAUUAUAAAGAAUAUAUUAAUCGAUAAUUUAUAGAUAAAAUGUUUUUAAUUGAAUAAAAUUUACCAGAAAUAAUUGAUAUUAACUCAAAUUUACUUUCAAAAUUAAAAGAUAAUUCUGCUUCCCUUUAAUAAUUUGAAAGUUCUGUUUUUGUUAUUGAACAUUUGAUUCACACUGCAAUUAUCUUUCUUAUUAUGUUAGUGCAAUUGGUAUAAUGGAAUAAUAUUGAAUAAUAAAAUAGAAAUUUAGCAUUGCUAGUAGGAAGAGUAAAAGAUAGCGAAAUUGAAACUGAAAUCUGUAAAUAUUUAUUAUUAUUUUUAAGUAAGAGCACAUUUAGUUUAUAUUGCACUUAAUUUUUAGGGUGGAGAAGAUUCUUGGAAACGGUUUAAUUAUUAUAAUUUUGGAUUUUAAUAAGACUCCUAACUCUAUUAUCCAAAAUAAAAGUUAGGUUUAAGUUAAAAAUUGUAAAUAGUGUAAACUAACUAAAAAAAUAUAAGAAAUUUCUAAACUAAAAUAAAUCUUUUUUCUCAUCUUUUAAAAAUAUUAGCAUUUAUUACUAUAUAUUAAAUUUAUAUAUGGGGUGGAUAUGCAAUUUUUAAUAGUUAACAAAAUAGACUUCAACCUUUGAGUAAUCUUUUAAAUGAUUUUGCAUUAUUUAGUUCUAAAUUAGACAAUUUAGCAAGUUCUGCUCUAAUUACAAAAACUAAACCAAUUUUAUUUGAGAAAUUAAAGUCUUUAAAUAUUUAUUUAGAGAACGAAUUGAUAGAUGAAGAAAAAAUUACAAAAUUAUUUGAUGAUUUCUAUACUGAAGUUAAUUAAUAAUUUGUAGAAUUAUAUGAAAAAAUAAUAAAAGAUCUUUCUUUAGAAUAUUCUUAAGAAGAAGUUGAAGGAUUGUUAAGUUCUGAUAUUUGUAAGUAUUUAACUAACUAUCUUCCUUUUUGUUAAUUAAAAAUAACAUAAAAUCUUGAAGAGUUUAUAAAAAAGUAUGGUACUUUUCAAGAUGAAGAUGAUAAUGUAGAGUUUUUGGGUCAUGGUAUACUUACAUUAGUAACAACAAUAUAGUAAUUUUAUUAAUAAAAUUAUGCUUAUGAAAUUUAAAAUGCAAAUUAUGUUAAUAAUAUUUCAGAAAUAUAAUUAUUGAUAACUAGUUCUGAGUUUAAUGUGAUAGUUUUGUCUCAUUUUAGAGAUACUUAUUAUUGUUUUAUAAGAUUUUUAGAAUUAGUUGAUGGAAAUAUAUCAAUGAUAAAAGAGAAAGAUCUCGAAAUAUUGUUAUUAUAUUAUAAUAUAAUAAUAGUGAUUUAUAUGAUUUUAUUUCAGAUUUAUUAUUCAUUUUGGAUAAAUCGGAAUGUCAAAGAAAUGAGAAACAUCAAACUUGCAUUAAUAGCAAUUCCACAUUUUUAAUUAACAAGUGAUCCUGUGAUUAACAUUUUGAAAAGAUAUUAAUGA